AACAGGAAAUGGUUUGCAGUGUCUUCCUGUGUCUACCGGGGCCUCAUGUUUUUCUACUUGUCAUUAACCUCAGUUUGCCUUUCACUGAAGAAAACAGACUCAGCAUUGAGAAGCACCUUAGUCUGUUUGGUGAGAGAAUCUGGAGACACACUAUAGUGCUCUUUACACGAGCCGAUUCACUGAAGGACAGAAACAUUGAGCAGCACAUAAAGAAUCAAGAUCUGCAGCAGAUCAUACAGAGAUGUGGAGAAAGAUAUCACAUCUUUGAUUUCAAAAACAAAAGUGCUGGAGUUCAAGAACUGCUUGACAAGAUUGAUGAUGUUGUGGCAGCAAACAGUGGCAAGCAUUUUGAAACACAUAAUGACAUGCUACUGGAGAUAAAGAGAAAGAGAGAUGAAAACGAAGUAAGAGCAAAAGCAGGACAAAAAAUGUUGCAGGACAAAAGAGAUCUGCUGAAAGAAAUAAAAGCUGUGGCUCCGCUCUCAGAACUGAGAAUUGUCCUGCUGGGUUGGACUCUGUCUGGGAAGAGUUCAACCGGAAACACCAUCUUCAAUCAUGAAAUAUUUCAGAUAGGAAAAUCACAAAAGGGUACAAACCAUACUGGAGAUGUAAAUGGCAGAAAAAUAACUGUGUUGAACACCCCAAGCUGGUGGAAAUAUUUCUCAUCUAAAUUCAACCCAAAGUUUGCUCAGGCUGCAAUCCUGGAGAGCAUCAGCCAAUCACAACAUAUGCAGUUCCCUCACGCCAUGAUCUUGGUGAUUCCUGUUGAUACUUCAUUCAAGAAUGAACAGAAAAGAAUCAUUGAAGAGUAUAUGGCCAUUCUUGGAGAAGACGUCUGGAGACACACCAUAGUUCUGUUCACAUGGGGCGACAGGUUUCCAGACAUAUCAAUCGAGCAGCACAUUGAGAGUGAAGGUGGCGCCCUCCAGUGGCUGAUUAAGAAAUGCAGGAACAGAUAUCACGUCUUUGACAACUCAGACAAGAAGAACAGAGAUCAAGUCAUAGAGCUGCUCCAGAAGAUCGAUGAGAUGGUGACAGAAAACAGUCUGUUCUGUCUCAAAACUCAGUGUGCAGCAGAAGUGAAUGUUCAUGAGACAGAUACAGAGGAAGAAAUAAGUCUGGAUACAGAGGAAGUAUUGAGUCUGGACACAGACCAUGUGCUGAAAUUACUGUACCAGGAGAUUAACAACAGGUUUAAGAGGGUCACGAGUAAACUAAAACACUUAGGGAUGGAUUUUACUGAAUGUAUAGAGGCCAAAAGUGAUCGUAGCAUGACAGAGCCUCUAAACUUGUCAGCUGAUGAAAGACUCAUGGAGAUGAUAAGGAGAGAAGGAAGCAGAUGGGAAGUCAUUUUAAUGGACAGCAUCUUGAGCAUUCAGAAUGCUGAAGCAUCUUCUGAUGGAAAUAUGAGUCCAUGUUCAAGUGAUAUUGUGUUGAGGUGGUUUGAAAGAUGCGAUGAAUACUACUCAUUUGGAUGUGGAACAAGUAUUCUAGAAGAUCCAGAGCCCAGAGACAUAAAAAGAUGUAAAACACAGUUUGCAGAAUAAAACUCUCUGUUUAAACUUGUUUUACACAAGUGCAAAAUACAAACUAUUUGUUUAGAAUGCAUUUAAUAAUUAUAUGAGAAAUAGCCUAUUUCUAAUAAUUGAUAAUAAGUGGUAUUUUUCUAUGAUAUCUAAAAACUAUAUUACUUCACAUUAUUUUUGUCAUGAAAAUGUAAAUUUAGAUUGAACAAUCACGUUUAGUUUCAGUCUUCGUUCCAUGUUUUCUUUGUUCUUGUUACCAGUUUGUUUCAGUUACUCAUCACAUGUCUUGUUUAGUCACUCGUUUAUCCUGUGUGCUGUAUAAAUGCCAUCAGUUUUUUA